UGGCAACACUUCAAAUUUUGUGUGGGUAUCUUCUUUUGAAGUGUGUUUGACAGCGUAAACACGUGCAAAAUAAUAAUUGAUUUAGUUGAAUUGGUCAAAAAUGGCACAAGCUACGGUUUUAGCUUUAAACAAAAAAGAUCAGAAGAAAGUUGUGAAAAAAAACGAAAAGCUUCAAAAGGACUUAUCUACUGGAAAAAUAAACGUAUCUGAAGUAAAGAAACAAGAAAAAUUGACUGCAGAGUUAAAGAGAGGCUUAAUUUAUAUCUCGCAUUUGCCCCAUGGAUUUUACGAAGAUGAAUUAAAAGAAUAUUUUAAGCAAUUUGGUAAUGUAACAAAUGUUAAAGUUUGUAGAUCGUGCAAAACUGGUAGAAGUAAAGGAUUUGGUUAUAUUGAAUUUGCUAAUCCGGAAAUUGCAAAGAUUGCUGCAGAAACCAUGAACAAUUAUCUCAUGUUUAAAAAGAGAAUAGAAGCUACAUUUGUGCCCUAUGAAAAGAGACCAAAGUCAUUAUUUCAUGGCAAAAGUAGUAAUGCAACCACAUUUUCUGUAAAAACCAGAAGAACAAGGCAAGUUCAAACCAAAAAUAAAGUUCUAACAAUGGAAGAAAAAGCAAGAAAAACUAGAACCUCCCUAAGAAAUGCCAACAAUAAACUAAAAAAAUUAGCUGAACGUGGAAUAAAAGUGAACGUUAAGUUGUAAAGUGUAAAUAAUUUGUUUGCAUUACCAUUAUAAUUCAGUAUACUGAACUAUUUUAUUCUGUGAUAAUGCAUUGUAAUACCUGAUUGUACAGGUGACUACAUUUUCAUAGGGAAUAAUUAAUGUUAACUUUGUUAACUUGUAAUAAAAGACUUUUAAUACAUAAUGGAUCUUUUUAUGAAAUUAAAGUUGGUUAGGAUAUAAAUAAAAACAUUUUUA